AUGAAAUGCUCGGAGGAGAAAGAGCUCGCGAAGACGAGAGUGCAGGUGGCCCACGAGGUGAGGAUGGCGAGGGAAGCCGAGGCCGCCAUGGACCUCCACGUCAACAGAGCCGCCGAGAAGGCAGCGCAGGCCGAGCAAAAGUACCACCGCGGCACCGUCCUCGGCGGCGAGGACGCCAACUGCCCCAAUCCCGGGGCAGCGGGAUACUCCGCCGAUCCGAUGAGCGGCGGCGCCGGCGCUAUGGAUCCAUCCGCCGUCCCAGCCAGAGACGCUUACGGAGCCAGCACCGGCGGCAUCAACACCGCCGCCGCAAGGUCCGGCGGCCCUACGGCUCAUAACGAUUUGCUGUAG